UUUCAGCCUUGAAGGUGAAAUCCAUCUUUUCAAGGUUGUUCUUCAAAUCUGACAUUUUAAAUUUAUCAGUUGUUGUCGUUAUAAUCAGACAAACCCCGUACUCAUCAAUAAUAAACAUAUUUUUUUAGGAUAAUAGGUCAAAUAAAAUGUCAGGGUAUCAAGAUGACAUUGAUGAUAAAGAACAAGGAAACAUUCAAUCAUCAGCUUCUGUGCUUUCAGAUAUAAGUAUAUUAAAUAUAGCUAAAGCAUUAACUGAAAAUGAUAUGAGAGUAUUUUUAUUAUUAAAUAUACCAUUAACAACAUGUAUUAAUAAUUAUGAAGAAAUGCGUACAUUUAAUCAACGUGAAGCAGCAUUUAGUCAAAAAACAUUAAUGUAUUGGAAAAAAUUACGUGAAACAGUUAAAGAUGAUAUAAAAAUAGCUGAAUUAGAAUAUGCUUUAAGACAAUCUGAUCAUAAAGAAUUAGCUGAUAUAUUGGUUGAAAGAAAUCGUAUGAAUUUAGAAAUUACACGAGAUUUAUUACAGAAAUAAACUGCUCCAAGAAGGUUUUCUUUGAAUGCUGAUAUAUAUAAAUUACAACUAUAUCGGUGUUUCCUUCCAUUCCAUAACACUCAUUCCACCAACCUAUAUAUAUAUAUAUAUAUA